AUGGCGAAGAAAAAAGGCAGCGCGCAAGCCGCGCCGCCUACCCCGGACCCGGCGGGCUCGAGUCUAGUAAUAUGCAGGAACAAACACUGGCGCUACAUCUCCUCCUUCCACGGACCAUGGCUCCAACUACCCCCCGAGAUCCUGGACUCCCUCGCCCACCAGAACUACACCAUGCCUGCCCCGCGCCUCGUCGACCCGGCUGUCUUCUACGAUGUCGUCAAGAUUCGGAAGGCGGUGGAUGAGGCGGCGCAGGAUAGCGUGCGCGCUUCUACUGGCGUGAGCAAUACGGCCAUGACUGGGCGCAUGGAUUACUUUGGCGCUGGGGGUGGGCCGAGUAGCCAGCUGAGCAAGGAGAGGAUAUUCAAGAUUCGGCAGAAAGCGGUCAAGUUGCUGUCGAAGGCUUUUGCGCUGGAUGAAGUUGCGGCGAGCGUGGCGACGAUGCAGGCGACGAGUACGGUGGAGGAUGUUGGGGGGAUUGUGCUGAAGAGGGAGCAGGGGAGUACUGACGCAAAGUACGUCCAUUUCUUUCACGAAAAGAUACCAAGCCGGGCAAUGGAGCAGUACACCCCGCUGGACCCGUUGACCGAAAUUAUAUCUUCCUUGCCAAUGGAACAGCAGGCGCCUCCCUUACGGACGAGAGCAUUGGUGCAGAUCUUCAAGCAGCAGUGGGAAGGUGCUGCGGCGGACCUCACGCAUGCGCUGCGCAUCACCGACGAGCUCAAACGACUGCACAAGCCCAACCAGCAGGAGCUCGAACUUGCCAGCAGGAUGCGAGACGAGCAGGACGCUUGGAAUAAGGGCCAUCGCGAUUGGAGAUCAGUACCGCAACUCAAGGAAGAGGAUCAGCCCAAAAGUCUGGAGAUGCAGCUGUACUUCAACCGCGCCGGCGUCUACUUGACCAUGGCCUGUCAAAGCGUGCAUGCCGCCCUGGAUGGUUUACCAGAACACCUGGCUGCUGCAGAAAGUGGGGAACCUGUCGAUGCGACAGCGCAGCAGGCCCGGAUUGAAGCUCGCAAGAAAGUCAAGACGAACGCCAAGCGUGCGCUCAAGGACUACACCACAUUCCUCUCACACUUCGACUACACGCCUGGCUUGCCUUUCGAGAUCACGAACGAAAUAAUGCGUCGUGUCUAUGAUCUCGCGAACGGCAACAAGACCCAGACGCCUCUGCCCAAGAACCGCCUUGUUGAACUGGCCGACUCGGACGACGACGCUACUCCCGACGACCUCAACUCCUCCAAUGGUGCAGUCAUCAAGCACCAGAAGCCCAACAAGCCCGAUCCCUUCGAACGAAAUGAGGAUGGCUGGCCUCGCUUCCCCUCUCCCAAGAUCCAUCCCGCCAGCGCUCUCUUCGCUGAGAAGCCACCUGCCGACCUACCGCCUUUUCCUACCGCCGCAACAACCGAGGCGAUGCUGAAUAACGAUCCUCUGGCCGAGGCCUUCGGUUCUCGUGAAGCCGUUACCUAUCACCCUCUACUCACCGAUGCGCUGCACAGUCUCCUCCUCGCGCAUGCUUUGUUGCAGACCAGCCCAACAGAACUGCUCCGUCAUGCGCACAAUGCGGCUCGACUGGCCAGGAUCGCCGACGGCUACCCUAUCUUCCAAGCCGCACGCAGCCCGGCGCGCGCAGACUGGAUCGAAGUCUUGCGCCGCGCUAACAACUGGCUUGGCCUUUCAGUGCCAUGGCAGAAACUUUGCGCACCGGCGCCUUUGCCCGAGGCAGCAGGCGGAUGGGCGAAAGAGCCGACUACCAGCUCCGGUCAGGGAAACGCUCUGGCGAGGAAGAAGUACGCAGGUACGGAAGCCAACGGCGGAGCAGUCGCGAACGACAAGGCGAACGGAACCGAGACGCCAGAGCAGAAGCGUGAGCGCAUCAAGCAGGAGUCCAUCAUCGAUGCUCUCAGCGACGACCGCGUGGUAGACGAGGAGAGUUUCCAGAAAGCCGUCAGAGCGCGAGAAAAGCGCGCGAUGGAGGACGAAGAGGGCAUCUCCGGUCCGCUGAAGGACAAGGCCGCGAACGGGAACCACUUGCUCAACGGCAACGGCAAUGGCGAUGGCAAUGGCGAUGCCAGCUCUUCGGAGCCGAACGGCUCCUCCUCCCCCGCCCCAGCUGUCGCGGAGAAGGCGCAGGAGAAGAAGGCCCCGCAACAACCGCCGCAAAAUCAGAAGCCUACACCUAAGCGCUGGGCCCAGGACGAGCGGGCGAAGGAGUAUCCUAUCUCCACUGACCGUGCGGAAGCUGUGGCGAGAUGGAUCAAAGAGGCGCCGCUUUCCAUUGCCGCGGCUGGGGGUGGGAAGAAGAAGAGGCCGGCAAGGAGAAAGAAGGCUGCUGGGACUGGGGAGACUAAUGGGGUUGAUGGCGGGAGGGGUGCGGGGGGGUUGGGAAGGGAGGUUAGUGAGAUGAGUUUGGAGGAUGGGGUGGAUUGA